UGGAGUGCAGCAGUCCCGGCGUAGUGUUGGGGUUCAGUGUGACCCCCUGGCUGUGUCUCAGCAGAAGGGUCUGUUUUCAGGAGCCCGGCAGAGGGCUGGGAUCUCCUCAGAUAAAUGCCCUGCAGCGGGAUGACAGGGGAAAAAAACAGCAGAGGGAGGCGCACAAAAGCCGUUUUUCCAGUCCCUCUUUUCCAUUUUAGCUCGUGGACACACCCACACCUCCACACACACACAUGGAGAUAGCAUAAUGGAGAAGACAAAGUCAGGAUGUGACAUCAGCACAGGAAGAGAAGCCAAAACAAGUUUUUUUUCUCUUUUCGCCGUGUCGGAGGCUCUCAGGCUGUUAGGAUCAGAAAGGAGGAGAGAUUCAGCUGGAAGUGACCUCCACGAGGAGUCCAAUCCUCCCUGAACUUCCCACAGAUUCCCACCACAUUCCGUACUCGACUGUGGGAAUUCCUCAGACUUCACUAACAUUCAUUGUUCUGUGCCUCAGUCCUCUGAAACAUCCUCCAAAGCGAGUUUCUACAGUCUCCUCAUGACAGACGUCUCGUGACCCGUUUCAGUUACCCGAUCCCUCCUCAGGAAGAUUGUAAUUUCAAAGUCAGACCUGACUGUUAUUCUGGAGAUUCUCUGGAAACCACUGAGUCCAUGGCGCUCUGUCUGGGACAAGUGUUCAGCAAAGACAAAACGUUCAGACCCAAGAAACGGUUCGAGCCCGGCACGCAGCGCUUUGAACUCUACAAGAAGGCCCAGGCGUCGCUCAAGUCGGGCUUGGACCUGCGGAAGGUGGUCCAGCUGCCAGACGGGGAGAGCCUCAACGACUGGAUCGCAGUUCACGUGGUGGAUUUCUUCAACAGGAUAAACCUGAUCUACGGCACCAUGAGCGAGUACUGCACGGAGCGCACGUGUCCCAUCAUGUCUGGGGGGCUGAAGUACGAGUACCGAUGGCGGGACGGCGAGGACUACAGGAAACCCACCAAGCUGCCCGCCCUGAAGUACAUGAACCUGCUGAUGGACUGGAUAGAGUCCCUGAUCAACGACGAGGACAUCUUUCCCACCAGAGUAGGUGUUCCUUUCCCCAAGAACUUCCAGCAGGUUUGCAAGAAGAUCCUGAGCCGUCUGUUCAGGGUCUUUGUGCACGUUUACAUCCACCACUUCGACAGCAUCUGCAGCAUGGGUGCAGAGGCCCACAUCAACACCUGCUACAAACACUACUACUACUUCAUCUCAGAGUUCAACCUCAUCGACAACUCUGAGCUGCAGCCGCUGAGAGAGAUGACAGAGAAGAUAUGCAACUAACCCCUAAAGACAAAAAUUAAAAGACGUGAAAAUGUUAUCUGAGCCUCAAGAGGAAACACCAGUUUCAAAAAAACUUUACAUACAUUUGUUGAUGCUUUUAUGUUUGUUAUUUUUGUAAACAGAAAGAUUUUUAAACUGAUCCAUGUUCUUCAUUUAUUUUUUCUAUACUUGUGGUGCUUACAUGUCUUCAUGAAUUCAAAACAAACACUUUCAUUUCAAACAAAUUGUUUUCCGUUGUCCAUGUGUGUGUUCUGAUCAGCAGUCUUUGUUUACUGGAAUGAAUGAGUUUGUAUUUUGUACAAUGUGUGUAGCAUAAAAGUGUGCAGUGCUUCUAACUUUUAAA